UCGGCCUCAGGCAGGACUCAGGAUGGCAGAGAAAAAGAUUUCGACCAGCCGGAGGAACCAGCUCAAGAGUUUGCUGCUGCAGAUCGCUGAGACGCUGCUGGAGGAGGAGGCGCGCGAGGCGGAGAGGGAGAAGAUGAAGUACAUGGAGGAGACCUGCCCGGCCGUCUCCACCCAGGGCUGCAUGCAGGAGCUGCAGGAUCUGUGCCGGAAGCUUCACAAGCAGAUCGACCUGGUGGACGAGGAGCGAUACGACAUGGAGCUGAAGGCGACAAAGUCCAAGAAGGAGGUCGACGACCUGAAGCUCAUGGUCCAGGAUCUGAAGGGGAAGUUCAAGAAGCCGGCGCUGAAGAAGGUGCGGAUGUCGGCCGACGCCAUGUUGGCCGCCCUGCUGGGCUCCAAACACAGAGUGUCCACGGACCUGAGGGCGAACCUGAAGCAGGUCAAGAAGGAGGUGAAGGAGGAGGAGAAGCAAACCGGCGACUGGAGGAAGAACAUCGAAGACAAGGCCGGGAUGGACGGCAGGAAGAAGAUGUUCGAGACAGAGGCCUGAGCUCCAACGUGUUGUUCAUCCCUAUCAGCAUCGUUCGUGUCUGUGUAUCGUGUGUACGGCUCAUUGUUUGCAAUUUGUAUAGAUGAUAAAAAAAAGAAAUAAAUCACGUGUUGUUUU